AUGGCGAAUACGGCACAUUUGAUGAGGCGACAGAGUUCGCGGGAUCUGUAUGCCCAGCGUUCGAUAGAUCGGAUGGAGAUGAAGGAGUUGCGUGGGAGACUGGUGACCAUGGAGAAUGGGCAUCCGUCGCACCGCGCCCACGUCAUGUAUGGAGCCACCAACGAGGCUUUUGAGGACACCAGCCCGAAUAGACGGUCCCCCGACACGCCUACAAGCAAAGCCAGCUCUGUGGAAGAGAGAGGCAACUUGAAGCCUGAAGGAGGAGGGGUUGAGAGAGAAUCUUGGGACAGCAAGCUUACAUUCUUACUGGCGACUGUUGGAUAUGCCGUCGGGUUGGGCAACGUGUGGAGAUUCCCGUAUUUGGCUCAGAAGAACGGGGGCGGAGCGUUUUUGAUUCCGUAUUUCGUGAUGUUGGCUAUCGAGGGGAUUCCGAUAUUUUAUUUGGAGCUUGCAAUUGGGCAAAGGUUGAGGAAGGGGGCUAUCGGCGUGUGGCACCAGGUGUCUCCCUACCUGGGGGGCAUUGGGAUCAGUUCUGCGGUGGUGUCGUUCAACGUGGCGCUGUACUACAACUCGAUCAUAGCCUGGUGCCUGUUCUACUUCGCGCAGAGCUUCCAGGCGGAGCUGCCCUGGUCUGAGUGCCCGAAGAAGUACUUCAGUAAUGGGUCUUAUAUCUCGGAGCCGGAGUGCGCGGUGAGCAGUCCCACACAAUACUUCUGGUACCGAACCACGCUUCAGAUCUCCGAAGACAUCAACCACCCGCAAAGCUUCAACUACAAAAUUGCCUUGGCCCUCGUCAUCGCCUGGAUCCUCGUCUACAUGUGCAUGAUCAAGGGCAUCGCGUCCUCAGGGAAGGUCGUCUACGUAACCGCGACUUUUCCCUACAUAGUACUCGUUAUUUUCUUCUUCAGAGGCAUAACUUUGAAGGGCAUGAGCGACGGCCUGAUACAUUUGUUCACGCCGAAAUGGCACACGAUUCUGGACCCUGUUGUCUGGCUCGAAGCAGGCACGCAGAUCUUCUUUUCGCUUGGCCUCGCGUUUGGGGGCUUAAUUGCAUUUUCCUCGUACAAUCCCGUCGACAACAACUGCUAUAGAGACGCGAUAAUGGUCUCUAUGACGAAUUGCUUAACAUCGAUGUUUGCUGGGAUAGUAGUUUUCUCGAUAAUUGGUUUCAAAGCCACUAUGGUCUACGAGAAGUGCUUGGACGUGAGGAACGAGACUUUGUUGGAAUUGGUCAUGCCCCAUUUGCCGGAAUGCGAUUUACAGAAGGAAUUGGAUAAUACGGCGUCAGGCACAGGCCUGGCCUUCAUAAUCUUCACAGAAGCCAUCAACCAGUUCCCCGGCGCGCAGUUCUGGUCGGUCCUGUUCUUCCUGAUGCUGUUCACCCUGGGCAUAGACUCCCAAUUCGGGACUCUAGAAGGAGUCGUCACCUCCAUAGUGGAUAUGAAGCUAUUCCCGAAUUUGAGAAAGGAGUAUUUGACGGGUGGUCUAUGCCUGAUCUGCUGCCUUUUGUCUAUGGGCUUCGCGCAUGGAGCGGGCAGCUAUAUCUUCCUGCUCUUUGACAUGUACAGUGGAAACUUCCCGCUGCUGAUCAUAGCGUUCUUCGAAUGUGUGGGGAUCGCGUACGUGUAUGGUGUGAAAAGGUUCGCCGACGACAUAGAGCUCAUGACGGGCCAGCGUCCAGGGAUAUACUGGCUCAUUUGCUGGAAGUACCUGUCUCCCCUGGCGAUGCUCUCCAUCCUGAUAUCCUCCUUCGCGGAACUAGCCAUGGAGGGGUCAGGGUACGAGGCCUGGAUGAAGAAUGAAGGGGACACCGUGAAGAAACCCUGGCCCUUGUGGGCGGUGAUGCUUGUGUUGGUGCUGGUGCUGUCUUCUGUGCUGUGGAUACCUGGACUUGCUAUCUGCAGGUACUUCGGUUUCCCGAUCAUCGACGACGAGGAGCGCGCCUGGUUCCCAGCAGAAGAGUUGCGUGACUUCCACGGCAUCGAACCCCGGCCCGUGUCCGCGACUGAGACAUUACUGUUCUGCACCAAGCCUGAUGGCAGCGAGAGCUGCUGCUGGCCGGGGUGCUGCGAAACUGAUGAUGAUGAGUAG